AUGGCAGACUAUGCCAUGACCACAACAAAAGAGGAAGGCAGCGGGGAGGAAAAGGGCCGGAGAUGCCCCCGGAGGAGGGGCUGCAAAGCCAGCCCAGGGAGCUGUGAGGAGGAAAGAGCCGUCCUGUGCCGGGAAGGCGGCCGGAGCUUGAGCCGGAGCUCCGAGCUGGUGGUCCCUGAGCAGCCUCCCAGCAGGGAGAAGCCCUUCAGGUGCUUGAAAUGUGGGAAGAGAUUCAGGAAGAGCAACAACCUCCUCACCCACCAGCACAUCCACACUGGGGAACGGCCCUACACAUGUAGGGAAUGUGGGAAGAGCUUCGGGGACAACUCCACCCUCCACAAGCACCUGCGCAUCCAUACUGGGGAACGGCCCUACACAUGUAGGGAAUGUGCGAAGAGCUUCAGCCAGAGCUCCAGCCUCCACAUCCACCAGCGCAUACACACUGGGGAACGGCCAUACAGGUGUAGGAAAUGUGGGAAGAGCUUCAGUGUGAACUCCUCCCUGAUCAAACACCAGCGUUUCCACACUGGGGAACGGCCCUACAAGUGCUUGGAAUGUGGAAAGAGGUUUCAGCGCAGCUCACAUCUCCUCGUCCAUGAGCGGAUUCACACAGAUGAGAGGCCCUUCCGCUGCACCGACUGCGGGAAGGGCUUCAAACACAACUCCACCCUUGUCACCCACCGGCGCAUCCACACCGGGGAGAGGCCCUACAAGUGUGGGGAGUGUGGGAAGAGCUUCUCCCAAAGCUCUGCCUUGACCAAACACCAACAGACCCACCAGUAAUGGAAGCCCCUCGAGUGCCCCGACUGCGGGAAGAGCUUCGGCCGCUGCUCC